UCUUAGCCUACCUCUCUUCCAUUCCUUUGCUUUUGUUUCACCUUGCAAAUCUGUUAGUGUUAGCAUUACGAAACAGUAAAUAAAGCUAUUCUAAAGAACUUUCAAGGAAGCCAUGAACAGGUAUAUUCAGGUGAUUCUCAACCACUGAAAAUGGACAAGGUUGGCCGAUUUCUCAGAAAUAAUGUUGUGCUAUUGACUUGUGGGACUGUUUUUGCUGGGAUACAUUUUGUUUGGUACCACAUGCAAUUUGACGAGGACUUUGUACCUAAGAGACAGCAAAAGGAGAAAAUCGAACUUGGUUGGAUUACUUUGACGGAUCCCAACACUGAGAAGAAAGAGGAAGUCAAGGAAGCACAGGAGUGAGAAACAUUUAAUCAUGGAGAAGAAGGAAACGACGAGGGGAGCACUUUUGAUGUCAUAUCGUCGACUGGUCACCUGGGUUAACAGAAAUAAGUUUUUGUCCCUGGUCAUCUUUGUCAGCGGUUCGGCAGUAGCCAGUGUGUUUGUUCCAAGAGAUGUGACUCCAACAGCUUCGGAGCGUGUGCAGUGGAGGAGGGGAAAAAAACUUGCAGAAAAAGACUCACUAUGAACUGAACAUGUCUAGAAUUGAGAGGAAACAAGAAGGACAUCUGAGCUUCCACACUGUCAACUCCCCAGAGAGUCUUAGGGCCCUGCGCAAAUUUUCGGUUCUCCUGAAAGCAUGCGCAGGGCCCUGUGGGAAAAAUCAUGUGAUUCGAAACAGCUGUGGAGGUCAUGUGACGGUGACAGGCUCGUGUGCCAGGAUACUGUCGUCAUUGUCCAUCACCAGACCAGAGCUGAAGUUGAUCUCGGCGUCUGUACUAGCUCACCUUCAGCGCUGUGGGGAUGGUGGCCUCUUCAUGGCUCACAUGUGCACACAAAUCGUCUUGCUAAGUUCCUCUCUGGGAUUUCAGUUUCAUACGAUCAGGGGUUUGUUGGAAACAUUUCUGAACAUCAUCAUCUCCCAUUUACAAGAAAGUGAGUGCAAAGUAACAGUGAAUGUAGAUUUUGAUAAGUUAAGUGUUUUGCUUGCGUAUGUUCGAAGUGUGCUUUCUUCCAAGUCGUUGCUGAAUUUGAGUUUUUGUGACUGUGAUAGUUUGAGUCGUCAUGUUGUGAAAGUGUUCCUAGAGUCCGUUCCCAAUGAACCCGAUGGUUUCAGGUGGAAUAGUGAUAGAAUAUAUUGUAUCUCCGUAGACAAUCAGCAGUUUUCAUCCACCUUUGUUGAGCCUGGCAUUUUGCUACUCUAUCCUGACUGCCCUGUUGUAAGGGGUUCUCAGAAGCUCUGGCUGAAAACUCACCCAAUGAAUGUAGAGACAAGUAAAAAACUUGGAAUUCCGGAAUCCUCCACGUUUGUCAAAGUAGCAUUGUUCACGUGCUCCAUGUCGGGCGACUUGGAUGAAAUGGUUGAGGCCCAUUUUGAAGUGACCAAGCACCAAGAAGAGCAGGUGGAGGCUUCAGUCGUGACAACCAUGCUGAGGCUGUGUGAGACCCUGGAGGCGUGUGGAGUUGGGAUUUUGCUCUGUCAGAAGGUCAUUCACCCCAAGGUCAAGGCUGCGCUGAGGUCUAAAGGGAUAUGCUUCGUGGAUCGACUUGGCUUUCAUGUUGUUCCCUACCUUCAAGAUUUGACUGGUGCGCAGCCUUUAGCUUCAGUUGUGAAAUGGAGUGAUCUUGAGGGCUCUCUAGGAUGGGUUGCUUCGGCUACACACAGAGUACAGUUCGACAAGAGUUAUCUCCUGUUGUCUCGCCCUGACUCCCCUGUUGUGACAUUUGUCUUAUGUGGCCCUUGGGAAGAGAAACUUGUUGAGCUCAAGUCCUGUGUCAGAUCAGCCCUCCGAGGUCUGGGAGCCCUGAUGAGAGAGAGGAAGCUUCUUAUGGGUGGUGGCUGCUGGCAGGUGUACGCUUCCCAGGUCCUGAAGGUCAAGGUCCUGGAACAGCUGAAGUCUCUGACUGAAGAGUUGUCUUGUUCAGAAGGGCAGGUGCUGAAAGCUUUGACUGUGUUCAGGGCAGCUCUUCAGUCCUGGGCCCUCGGCCUAGCGGAGGAGGACACAGAGAGUCUUCUCGUCGACCCGACCUCAUACCAUGCGUGGAGAGUACCCAAAGGGAAGGAGGAAAUGCUCUCCUCCGAUCGACUCGCGCCUUGUUGUUGCGGAAUGAAAGUUACAAGUUCUGGGAAUCUGUCCGAGUUUCAGUACGUUUCUGUGGGGGAGCUUUUGACGACUUCUGAUCAGUUUGGACUCGGAGGGCCUGUACUCUCCGAGAAGGUGGAGGAGAGACUCGAGGAUUCUCUCGUUGUUCUUGACAGUUAUUUGGCUAUGACGUCAGCAUUGAAGCAGGCUGUGGCCACUGCUAACUUAGUUCUGUCUAUAGGUCAGGUCAUUGUGGACAGGAAUUAAUGACUGCUUUACUUUUCUAAUGAGACCCUCAACUUGUUGACAUCGACUGUUCUUUUCAAAAAUUAUUAUUCAGAAUUCAAUGAGUGUGAGAAGAGUGGUUGGAUACGUGCUGACUGUUUGUUUUUUUAAGUGUGUAAAAUCUUUAUUAUUUUUUUUUGUAAGUGAUUUGUGUGUGGUAAACAAAAUGAUCAUAAAGAUGUUCUUUGUAGGCUACUGUUUUUUGUGAUGUCAAGAGAAUUAUACAUUUUUUUGUGUGCAUUGUUUUGAAAUAUUUGUUACUGCAACCACUUUGUUUGUGGUGAAUGCAAAAUAAAAUAAUGUUUCAAGGAA